AAAAAAUGUGGCAGUACAUUUUUAGAACAGACUUAAAACAUUAUUCUCAAACACGCCGGUUGUGUACGCGCCAGUAUCCAUCAGCGGUCGCUCGUUCGACGACGGAUCUAUAGUGAAUGCACAUUCACAGCCUACGUAUAAUACACUAGCUGUUUUGGGAAAGAGUCAGUCUUAGGCAAGAUGGCCGGUCGGAUGACUUCGGCUUUGUACUACCUCGUGUUGAUUUUCCAAUUAAUCCUGCUUACGGAGUGUAAUUAUGGUGUGCGAUACGGUGACAGAGCGAAACAGUUGCACAUCGCGGAGGACAGCGAUUCGCCUUACAGAAAGCCGCUGAUAAUCGAGAAACGGGACACGGACGACCAUGAGCAAACGUCAUUCGAACGUACGCGUAGGGAUGUACCACCGUCGCCGCCGCCGUCACCGCCGCCGUCACCGCCGUCGGAGCAUCCGAUCCAUCCAAAUAACAAUCCAAACAUCACGACGAAGGUCAACGCUUUAAAUGAUUCGCAUCAGCAACUGAUGGUGCAUUGGGUCGGGGAGGGUUCCAACGUAAUAAUAUGUUUAGCGAGGGACAGCACGCCAGUGAUGCGCUUCCAAGGAGGCAGAUUCUCCUCUCCGACCCAUCCCAGCGCCGUGUAUAUAAGUUACAAUUACGGUGACACGUUCGAAAAUAAGACUGAACUGUUCAGGGUCUCGUCCGAGCCCGAUGCUAAAUAUGCAGUUGUAGACAAAUUCACCAAUCAUCCGAAAUACUAUCAACACUGCGUCUUCGUGGAUAGUAUGAAUCAAUUGGUUUUUAUGACGGCUGAUAACGGCAAAACGAUUCAAAGAUACGCGGUGCCUUUUCACCCGAGUGAGGUCUCGUUUUACGAAGCAGAUGCGCGAAUACUUGUCGGAUUGGACAAAAUUGAUCCGUCGCGAAAGUUGUGGUUGUCGGUCGAUCACGGACAGAUCUGGAUACCGAUUCAUCAAUUCGUGAAAGCCUUCUUUUGGUCCCCUAGUCGUGUUUUGCUAGUGGAACGUACAGAACCCUCCGGAGCGAAUACAAUCAUGAAGCUGGAUAUGCGAACCUUUUCUUGGUUCCAACGAGGUUCCAGCGCACUGCGACUAAGGCUUUCCAUACGAAAGGAAUUCGUUCCCGUCAUUCAAAACGUUCAGGAUUUCCAAAUUAGAGGGGAUUAUAUGUUUGCUACCAUGAAAAAUCCGAAGAAUGGAACUUCGGAACAUUUGGAUCUUCACGUGUCCUACAAAAAUCAACCGUUCGUCUUGGCCCACUUCAAUUCAGAAUUGGAUUGCAGAGAUUUUCAUAUUGUAGACGUGUCCAACAAUCGAGUUUUUAUCUCGGUGUCACACAGCGAAACCAUGGUCAAUCUUUAUGUAUCGGAAAUUAUAGAUCACGAGAAAGCCGUGUUCACGUUAUCUCUGGAAAACGUCCUCACAUUUUUCCCUAACAGCACUUGGAAAGACAGCUGGUUGAAUGACGUGGCUGACGAGACGUUCACGGAUCUGUACAAGGUUGAAGGUCUUCGAGGUAUAUACAUAGCGUCGCGAGUCAAAGGGAGUCCGAAGUCAGGAUCGAUUGCACCGGAACACCUGGAGUCAUUGAUCACUUUCGAUCACGGAAUUACCUGGAGCAGCAUUAAGGCGCCCGAUACGAAUCACGAGGGCUAUUAUAUUCAUUGCUCACACGUGAAAAAUUGCUCGUUACAUCUGAGUCAGCGAUUCAGCCAGUUAUAUCCGGUUACGAGAUCCGUCACUAUCAUGAGUUCUAAAUCGGCGCCCGGCAUAAUAAUGGCCACUGGCGUGAUCGGGGUCAAUAUGAAAGGUCAUCCCGCGCUCUACGUAUCGAGAGACGCGGGUCUCACGUGGAAACAGGUGCUGAAGGAUUAUUACUUCUUCAACAUGGGCGAUCACGGAGGUUUACUGGUGGCGGUCAAGUAUUUCAAGUCGCGCGGAGAGACCCGGGACAUAUUGUAUUCGACGGACGAGAGCGAGACGUGGCGCACGUACGAAUUCAACGAGAAGAUGCUACGCAUUUACGGUCUCAUGACCGAGCCUGGCGAGAACACGACGGUGUUCACGAUGUUUGGAUCGGACAGCGGGCAGCAUCAGUGGCUCAUAAUCAAAGUGGAUCUGCGGAACAUAUUCGACAGGCCGUGCACGAGCGAAGAUUACAAGCCGUGGACGCCUUCGAAUCCCGAUCAACUGGACAUGACCUGCGUGCUGGGGCGCAAGGAGAUUUAUCAGAGACGCUCGGCGCACAUUAAUUGCUAUCAGGGCGUGGAGUACGAUCGAACGGUGGCCGUUAAGAACUGUCUGUGCGACGCGACCGAUUAUCAGUGCGAUUACGGCUUCAUGCGCGUCGGAAAUCCGUAUCACUGCAUCCGCAACAAAUCCGUCAGCGAGUACGAUCCUUACGCCGUGCCGUACGAAUGUCCACCCGGCACGUUCUACAAUCGCACGAAGGGCUACUUGAAGAUAACCGACGACGAGUGUGCCGAAGGCAUGGCGCGCAACUUCGAGCCCGACCAGAUACCGUGUCCGAUGAGCGAGCGACCCGAGUUCCUGCUCGUCGCUCAGCGGGAACAAAUAACACGAAUCGACCUACGCCAUGUGGGCAAGCCGGAGACGCUGCCGGUGCAUAAUCUGAAGAACGUGAUCGCUCUCGAAUUCGACUUGAACAGCAAUUGCUUGUACUGGGCGGAUAUCGUGAACGAUACGAUCGGCAGGCAGUGUCUGAAUGGCACCAACUCUCCCGAGAUUCUCGUCGAGACCGAUCUAAGUUCCAUCGAGGGCAUGGCCUUCGACUGGGUGUCCAAGGUGCUCUACUUCGUGGACGGCGUGAAGAUGAGGAUACAGAUAAUCCGCACCGACAUCAACUACGCGGGCAGAAUGCGCAGAACGAUACUGGGUCCGAACAAUCUGCAGAAGCCGAGGGGCAUCACGGUUCAUCCGAUGAACGGAUACAUGUUCUGGACCGAUUGGGCGCCGGGCAACGCUUCCAUCUCCCGCGCUAAUCUGGACGGCACGGAUGUGAAACGGCUGUUCGUCAAGCCCACCGUGGAGUGGCCGAACGGAAUAACGAUCGAUCAUAUCGCCGAGCGUAUCUAUUGGGUGGACGCUCGAGCUGACUACAUCGCCUCCUCGGACUUCGAUGGCAAGCGAUUCAAGAUAGUCAUCUCCAACGACAACCAGCACGUGUCACAUCCGUUCGCGGUCGCCGUGUUCAAGGACAACAUGUACUGGGACGACUGGAAGCAGUCGAUGAUAUUCGUCGCCGACAAGGAUCACGGGGUCGGCAUCAACACGAUAGUGACCUCGCAAAUCGCGGGCCUGAUGGAUCUCAAGCUCUUUGCGCACAGCGUACAAAUCGGCACGAACGAAUGCGCGACGAAUAACACGUGCACGCACAUCUGCCUGGGCGCGCCGCACAACAGCCACGUGUGCCUCUGCCCCGACGGCAUGGUGAUGAUGAACGGCAAGUGUCUGUGUCCGGGCGGCAAUCCACCCUACGCCAACUCCACGUGUCCGCGCGUGGCCUCCACGUGCGCCGGCAAUCAGUUCACCUGCAACAACAACGUGUGCAUCCCCGAGUUCUGGAAAUGCGACGGCGACAACGACUGCGGCGAUCACUCGGACGAGACGAAUUGCAACCGCGCCACCUGCAGCCCCAACAACUUCGAGUGCGACGACUCCAAGUGCAUACCCAAGUACUGGGUGUGCGAUCUGGAUCGCGACUGCAAGGACGGCAAGGACGAGAUGAACUGCACGUACAGCAAUUGCACGGAGACGCAGUUCAAGUGCGACAACGGCCGCUGCAUCUCGCAUCGCUGGCACUGCGACGGCGACGACGACUGUCGCGACGGGUCCGACGAGCGGAAUUGCACCAAGUACAUCGAGCCGAGCACGUGUCGGUCCGACGAGAUCGUCUGCAAGUCCGGCAACACGUGCAUACAGGCUACGUGGAAGUGCGACGGCGAGACAGACUGCGCGGACGGCUCGGACGAGAACGAGUGCGACAACAUGGUGUGCGAGCCGUGGCAGUUCACGUGCAACAACAGCAACGAGACCGUCGGGCAUCAUCGUUGCAUAUACAAGUCGUGGGAGUGCGAUGGCGAUAAGGAUUGCGCCGACGGUUCCGACGAGAUGAACUGCACCAGCUCCAGCGUGCCGCACACACCGGUGUCGCCGAUCCUGCCCUCGAAUUCCUGCAACGACUGGAUGUUCAUGUGCAACAACAAGAAGUGCGUGCCGUAUUGGUGGAAGUGCGACAGUGUGGACGACUGCGGCGAUGAUUCCGACGAGAUCGGCUGCGGCGGCGGCGGCGGCGGUGUAACAGAGCCGACACCCCUCACACCGACGGAGCAACCGUCGCGCUGUCGCGAACACCAGUUCCCGUGCUACAACGGCGAGUGCAUCGAGAACGCGUGGGUGUGCGACGGCUUCAAGGACUGCCCGUCCGGCGAGGACGAGCUGCACUGCGCGCACACGCACAUGUCGUGUCGCGAGAGCGAUCAGUUUAUGUGCCGGCAGGACGGCUCGUGCGUGCCGCUGACCAACAUCUGCAACGGCAUCGCCGAGUGUCCGGACGGCAGCGACGAGGUCGGCUGCCACAUGGAUCAAGACGCGAGCCCGGCCGCAACUCCCUCCUGCUACGCCGGCCUCUUCCCGUGCGACCAGACACGCUGCUUCCCGCUCGCGUCCUACUGCGACGGCAAUCAGGACUGCUUCGACGGCUUCGACGAAAUGAACUGCGAGAAGAACAGCUCGCGCGUCUACCAGGUGCUGGUGAUGGGCGUGGACGAACGCGCCGUCAACGACACCAGCCUCUUCCUCUUCUGGUGGAUGCCGAUACCGUCCAACGUCACGUUCGAAUUUCUGCCUUCGAUCGCGCGAGUGAUGCCGAACGCCAAGUGGACCAACGUCAGCGAGUGGAUCGAGGACACGGAGUAUCAGUUCAACAACCUCGAGCCGUACACCAAGUACAAUCUCACCGUCUACGUGAAGGUGAAGGGCCAGAGCACCGUAUUUCCACCGGCCAAAUAUCUGGUCGUGAUGACCGCCGAGGGCGUGCCGUCCGCGCCGUGGAAUGUCACGGCUACACAAAAGAACGGCACACACGUGGAGGUCUCCUGGCGGUCGCCUAUACGCACGAACGGCCUUAUCACGAGCUAUCAGGGCUUCGUCACGCCGCCGAUACCGCCGAAGGAGUUCACGGAGGAGCAGAAGACCGGCACUUCGGCGAUUAUCGAGAUGCCGUUCGAGGCGGGCACGAACUACUCUUUCUGGAUCGUCGCGAAGAAUCGUUUGCACACGUCAGCCUCGUCGCACCUCUUCAUAUUGACGUUUGACGGCUCGGCUAAUAUCGACAACAUCGAGGAUCUUCAAGUGAUAGGAACGACGAAUCACUCCGUCACGCUCAAGUGGAAGAAGAUGAAGGACGUGGACAAUUAUCAGAUCACUCCCAGGGCGCCGACCCCGUAUCCGACUCUCAAGCCCGUCACGACCACGGAUCACACGUUCGAGGUCACGCAUCUUGCACCGGGCGUCAGAUACAUUUUCGAAGUGUGCGCGACGAAGAAAACGUACACCGGCAAAGUCGUCAUGAUCACCGCGACGACGAACGGCACCCUGCUACCGACGAUAGCGAAGCUCGACGCGCAGCUGGUCAAGUCUCAGAGGACAACCGUCAAGCUCACGUGGGAUCCGCCUAAGAGCAAGAAGAUCAAGUGGCAGUAUGCUAUUCACUACGCUACCAACAUGUUGGACUUCUUUAAAGAGUUCAAGCUUCUCACCACAAAUCUCACGGCUACGAUUAGGGACUUGGAGGCUUGCGAGACGUACGUCUUUGCCGUUGGCGUUAACGGAGAUUACGGGGCGGGAGCUUUGAGCCAGCCGAUCACAGUCCCGACGUACUUCAACAGACGUGCGCCUCCGAAGAGGCUGAAAGUGACGCAAGCGCAGGAUAAAAAUGACAGUAUAAUCGUCUCGUGGACUUCGAGCUGCAAAACGAUCGACGAACCGAUUAGCUACACGAUCAACGUCACGGAAAUGGUCCUCAACAAGCAGACUAUCGUGACGUUGCAGCCGACUAACGAAACUUCCAUGAAGCACAUAUUCAGUUCGAUCAAGCACGGCGGAAAGUACAGUAUCUCGAUAGUCACCGAUGUCGAGAAUGCUAUACCCACGCAACCGUUCAUCUAUAUCGCGCCGCCGAUCAAGCCACCCCGUCGGCUCACGGUCUUAUGGGAUUAUACGAAGUACGUGAUUUACUGGCAGGAGCCGGAAUUACCGGAUAAAUGGCACUACGAAAUCUUGGUGGCCGAGGGACACAACACAACGUUGAACGAGUCGACCGCGAAAAUCUUCCAGACCAAAGAUCCACCGCCUUACCACUACAAGGAUGUGAAAACGCAUACGACUUACACCUUCGCCAUGCGCGUGGUCACGGAUGAAGGAUAUCAAAGCGCACUGAGCGAAACCUGGAGCACGCAAAUUUCAGCGGCGCAACUUCCGGUGAUAAUGAACACGUCGAACAUAUUGUCGCUCGCCAUACCGAUUUGUUUGGUUGUCGUAGCGCUUGGAGGAGCGCUGGCGUAUUUCGUCAUUCGGCAUAGGAGGUUAUCUAAUAGCUUUACACAAUUCGCUAACAGUCACUACGACACGAGACGGGGACAAGCUACUUUCCCGGGCACGACAGAUGGCUUAGAAGAAGAGGACAGCCCUGUGAUCCGAGGCUUUUCGGACGAUGAGCCAUUAGUAAUCGCAUGAACAUCACAUACAUGUAAACAAGAUAUUUACGGGGAGAGAAGACGUGCCAAGACACUAUUAAUAUGAUAAUCUUGAAUAUAGCUAAAAUUGUAUGAUGGAAGAAAAAGUUUUCGUGCAAGUGUCUCGCAACUGAGCGUUAACUAUGUCCAAUGUUGAUUGAUAAACAGUUUGCUUAGACCGUUUCCACGAGAGCUUUUUCGCGCCAUUUAUACAUGAUACGUUGUAGAAAUAUGAUAUAUAUAUGUACAUCGUGAAACAUAGUGUGUGACUAUACAUAUUGUGUAGUCGGCGAGGCUGCUGCAUCUUUAAUUCCGGCAUAAGCAAACCAGGACAGCUACAGUUUGAAAACCAAGAUGCCUGUUGCAUGCAGAAACGGCAAUUUGUAUAUAGUGAAUAUUUUCUAUGGAUCGAUUGUGAGAUUUUCGAGAUGUCACACAUUUGUCGAUGCAUUUUGAAUAAUGUAAUUUAUAUAUGAUCUACGAUAUAUGCGAGGAAAAUUUUUUAGUCCGCAUCUCGAUUCUUUGAUGUGAAAGCGAAAGUUUUUCCGCAAACGGAAGGAGUGACGAACUUUUUAUUAACAGUUGUUUUUACAAGUGCUCACAGCAGAUGCCAUAAGCUUUCUCUCAUAUAGCAAGUGCGUGACCAAAGUAAUAUCUUUCUUCUAAUGUCGCAUUCAAAAAAAUGCAUCAAUUGCGUUCACUUAUAGCUAAUAUAUUUCUACAAUAUACCAAAUCGUUUACAACGUACCAAAUUUAUUACAAAGGUUAUGUUAGAGAUAUUUUAAUCUUCUAAUUGAGUAAAAAUUUUGCGGCAUUGAAAGAAGUUUUCAUAAGCGUGUUUUUUGCGAAAGUGCGAUCUAACUUUCGAGUAUCGAGUGCGCUGCAGUAAAAGACACGGAUAAUUCAAUAAUUAUGCCUAGUUAUAUAAUGAAGACGGAUUAAAUUAAGAAAAAGGGUUAAUAAUACGAUUUAAUUAUAUAAUAUGCUAAGUAUGAAUUUAUCAUUUUUCGA